AACCUAACCCCUCCAAAGCUGCUUUUAGUGUGUCGGCUCCAUUAAGUUCUAUAAGGUCUUGGGAGUAACUGGAAUCACUGAGCCAGAUGAAGGGGUUAGGAUUGUGAUGUAGGUGGGAAGAGGCUGAGAUUAGCCAGGGCCACAGUAAGGGUCCCCCUGGCUUGUAUAGUUCUUUUCUAUCCUUUCCAGGCCUCUCUUCCUAACUGUGCUGACCUUCUAGGUGCCAAACCAGUGUGUGGAGGCUCCAGUAUACCCCACGCCUCCAGUAUACAGCCCUGGCAAACAGGGAUUCAAACCGAAAGGACCAAACCCUGCUGCCCCCAUGACCAGUGCCACGGGGGGCACAGUGGCCACCUUUGACUCCCCACCAACGCUGAAGACCCGACGGGCCAAAGGUGCCAGCGGACUCCCAGAAGCUGCAGGGAAGCCAAAGGCUCAGAAACUCAAGUGCUCAUACUGUGACAAGUCAUUCACCAAAAACUUCGACCUGCAGCAGCACAUCCGAAGCCAUACGGGGGAGAAGCCCUUCCAGUGCAUUGCAUGUGGCCGUGCCUUUGCCCAGAAAUCUAAUGUCAAGAAACACAUGCAGACUCAUAAGGUGUGGCCUCCAGGGCGUAGCGGUGGCACUGUCUCUCGCAACUCUGUGACCGUACAGGUCAUGGCCCUCAACCCCAGCAGGCAGGAAGAUGAGGAAAACGCAGGGUUGGGCCAGUCCCUGUCGAGUGCCCCACAGCCUCAGGCCUUGCCCGCAGCAGGUGAGGAUGAAGGGGACAAAUUGGAGGCCAAGCAGGUCGUUCUCAUUGACAGCUCCUACCUGUGCCAGUUUUGCCCCAGCAAGUUCAGCACCUACUUCCAGCUCAAGUCCCACAUGACCCAGCAUAAGAAUGAGCAGGUAUACAAGUGUGUUAGAGGGUCUCAGAACUGA